UUUUCGACCCCCCGCCAGAGAAAACAGUUUUAAGCAUUUUGUGAACUAACGAAAUACUUUAUUAAACUAAUCACCGAUAAAGAAAUGAAUAGUCGCCUACAGGAGAUACGGGAAAAGCAGAAGCUGCGACGCCAGCUUCUAGCUCAACAGUUGGGAGCAGAGAGUGCGGACAGUAUUGGCGCCGUUCUGAACAGCAAAGACGAACUGAAGGAGAUUGAGGAGACCAGAGAGACAUGCAGGGCAUCGUUCGAUACUGCCGGGCCGAGCUCCAAGAGGAAGCUUCAGGUGGAGGGAGAGGACACAGAGGAGGACGUUGAGGAGCAGAAGGAAGAGUUGGAGGUGCAGCCACCAGAUGAGAGCAACCCUUAUGAAGAGGUCUACAAGGACUCUACCACCUUCCUCAAGGGUACCCAGAGUCUGAACCCCCAUAAUGAUUACUGUCAACACUUUGUCGACACCGGACAUCGACCACAGGACUUCAUCAGAGACGUCGGUCUGGCUGACAGGUUUGAAGAGUAUCCUAAACUCAGAGAGCUGAUCAGACUGAAGGAUGAGCUGAUCUCAACCACCAACACCCCCCCCAUGUAUCUGCAGGCCGACCCAGAGCACUUUGACCUGCGUGACCUGAAGACUAAGUUUGAUGUGAUCCUGCUGGAGCCUCCGUUGGAGGAAUACUACAGGGAGUCAGGAAUACCUCACACAGAACGCUACUGGAACUGGGACGAUGUGAGUUACUGGGGGGGGGGUUAG